AUGGCCAGCUCACAACCCGAGCAGAACGUCGCCGACAAGGCCGAAACAGUGGAAACAACCGAAACAGCCCCCCCGCAUGCCGACUACCUCCUUGACCGGCCCAUCCAGCCGGUCACGGGCAUGCGCCAGGGCCUGCCCGACUACGGCGACCCGCACUUUGCGCUGUUCCUGCGCAAGGUGUUUAUCAAGGCGCUGGGCUACAGCGAGGACGCGCUGAGCCGGCCGAUUGUGGGCAUCGUCAACACGUUCUCGGGCUUCAACCCGUGCCACGCCAAUGUGCCGCAGCUGGUCGAGGCCGCCAAGCGCGGCGUGCAGCUGGCGGGCGGCCUGGCCAUUGACUUCCCGACCAUCAGCGUGCACGAGUCGUUUUCGUCGCCGACGAGCAUGUUUCUGCGCAACCUCAUGGCCAUGGACACGGAGGAGAUGAUCCGCGCGCAGCCCGUGGACGCGUGCAUCGUCAUUGGCGGCUGCGACAAGACGGUGCCGGCGCAGCUGAUGGGCGGCAUCUCGGCCAACAAGCCGGUGCUGCCGCUCAUCACGGGGCCCAUGAUGCCCGGGUCGUUCCGCGGCGAGCGCAUCGGCGCCUGCACGGACUGCCGCAGCAACUGGGCGGCGUACCGCGGCGGCGCGCUGGCCAUCGAAGACGUGGCGGCGCUCAGCGAGGAGCUGGCGCCGACGGCCGGCACGUGCGGCGUCAUGGGCACGGCGAGCACCAUGGCCUGCAUCACGGCGGCGCUCGGCAUGAUCCCCCUGCGUGGCGGGGCCACGGCGCCGGCCGUGUCCAGCGCGCGCCUGCGCAUCGCCGAGCUGACGGGCAAGAACGCCGUCGACGCCGCGCGGGCCCAGCGCACGCCCCAGACCGUCCUGUCCGAGGCCUCGUUCCACAACGCGCUCACCGUCCUCCAGGCCAUCGGCGGCUCCACCAACGGCAUCGUGCACCUGCUGGCCAUUGCCAACCGCCACCCGGCCGUCCGCGGCACCGUGACCCUGCAGCGGCUCGACGACAUUGGCCGCCAGACGCCGCUGCUCGUGGACCUCAAGCCCAGCGGCAGCAACUACAUGACCGACCUGCACAAUGCCGGCGGCGUCCCGGCGCUGCUCGAGCGCCUGCGCCCGCUGCUGCGGCUCGACGCGCUGACCAUCACGGGCGAGACCUUGGGGGCUGCCCUCGACGCCGAACAUUUCAAGCCGUUUCCCCUCUCUGCGCAAAUCAUCCGCCCCCUCGACGACCCCCUGUACCCGGCCUCCAGCCUCGUCGUCCUGCGUGGCAACCUCGCGCCCGACGGCGCCGUCCUCAAGGCCAGCGCCAGCAAGGACCGCCGGCUGCUGCAGCACCGCGGGCGCGCCGUCGUCUUUGCCGGCCCGCAGGACCUCGCGCGCCGCAUCGACGACCCGGCCCUCGACGUCGACGCCGACUCGGUGCUCGUCCUCCAGGGCAUCGGGCCCAUUGGCUUUGCCAGCCCCGGCAUGCCCGAGGCCGGCCUCGUGCCCAUCCCCCGCAAGCUCGCCGCCCGCGGCGUCCAGGACAUGCUGCGCCUCUCCGACGGGCGCAUGUCCGGCACCGCCGGCGGCAGCAUCGUGCUGCACAUUGCCCCCGAGGCCGCGCUGCCCGCGAGCGUCCUGGGCGUCGUCGAGACCGGCGACUGGAUCGAGUGCGACGUCGCCCAGCGCCGCCUCCACCUCGACGUCGGCGACGCCGUCCUCCAGCAGCGCCUGCGCGACCGCCGCCUGCGCCUCGACGGCGCCCUGCCCCGCCGCGGCCCGGCCGACGUGCGCCGCCAACCCACGCGCGGCUACCGCGGGCUGUACGAGCGGAGCGUCACGCAGGCCCACGACGGUGUCGAUUUCGACUUUCUGGCCGCCGACGGGGCGGACGUCGGGACGCGUGGUCACGGAAGGACAUAA